GGCUGGCUUUCCGUUUCCGCCUUCGUGUGAGCAAAGCGCCCGGCGGCGCGGGACCGGCGUUCGGACCGAGCCGCCGCCAUGGAGACGCUGUUCCGGCUGCCCUUCGCCGUUCUCGAAUGCCCCAACAUCAAGCUGAAGCGGCCGGGAUGGGUGCACAUGCCCUCGGCCAUGACGGUCUACGCGCUGGUGGUGGUGUCGUACUUCCUCAUCACCGGAGGAAUUAUCUACGAUGUGAUCGUGGAGCCCCCCAGCGUGGGCUCGAUGACGGAUGAACACGGGCACCAGCGGCCGGUGGCUUUCUUGGCCUACAGAGUAAAUGGACAGUAUAUUAUGGAAGGGCUCGCAUCUAGCUUCCUGUUCACAAUGGGUGGCUUAGGAUUCAUAAUUUUGGAUCGAUCCAAUGCACCAAAUAUCCCCAAGCUGAAUAGGUUUCUCCUGCUCUUCAUUGGAUUUGUCAGCGUGCUUUUGAGCUUCUUCAUGGCCAGAGUUUUCAUGAGGAUGAAAUUACCUGCUUUUUUGGAGCAACCUAUCUUGAACAAAGUGGAAAAGUUUUGGGCCCAGCUGCUUUAAGAUCGUGCUGUGGUUCAAAAAGAGGUGACAGAUCCUGGGGCUACUUGAUGGGUUAGUGCCCGAGGUGCGUUUACUCCUCUUCCUGAAGCGUUUAAGAAGUAGCAGCAAGAAACAAAUUCCAUAGUCACUACCAACAGGAAACAGACCUGAACAUGAGAAGCGUCUGAAGAGAGUGCUCUCUGCAACCAGCCUUAAGCUACCAAUGGCUGAUUUGUCAUUUUAAAACAGCAGUUACUUAGUUGUGUUGUUCUUGUUUUUUAAUUUCCAAUGAAACAGAGAACCUGUCUUUAGCUCUGCCUUGAAAUGAGUAUUGCCCAUUGGUUUUACAGUUUUUUGUUGCAAGGUCUGUCCCCUCUUCCCUGCGUGGCAGAAUUGUGUGAAUUAGACAAGAAACACCUGAAACGUUUUUUUUCCAAGUUAAAAUCUGAAAAUAAAUAGCUUUGGAUGCUUUACAGUCCAAAUGCAAUGCGUCUGAAAUGAUUUCAAAGGCACCUUUUGCCGUAUUAUUCGUGGCUUCGUAUGAGCGAUUCCAGACGUUCACUGGAAGAGGCAAACUGUAUGAAUGUGCUUUUGUUUGUAAAAAAGUGUACGAAAGAAGCCAAAUAAAACUUAUUUUCUAUGAAGUUA